UGAUGGCGGCGGCGUAGGCGGGGGCCGGCGGUGCGCUGUCGGUCAUGGCGGGGCCCGCGGGCGCUGCGAUGGGAGAUGUGGGGCCCGCCAGGGGCGAGCUGGGGACCGCGGGCCCCGCCGUGGACGGUUCCGAGGGCGCGGCGGGCGCUGCCGUGGUGGCGGAGGAGCCGCCGGCGCCGCCGCCGCUGCCGGGGCUGCGGCUGGUGCAGCAGGGCGCCGAGGCGCACGUGUACCGCGGGCUCUUCCUCGGCCGGGCGGCCGUGGCGAAGCUCCGCGUCCCGAAGCGGUACCGCCACCCGGCGCUGGAGGAGCGGCUGAGCCGGCGGCGAAUGGCCCAGGAGGCGCGGUCGCUGCUGCGGUGCCGGCGGGCAGGGAUUCCAGCUCCAGUGGUCUACUUCGUGGAUUAUGUCACCAACUCCAUCUUUCUUGAAGAUAUUGUAGACUCAAUUACUGUUCAGGAUCAUAUUUAUGCUGUACAGAAGAGUGGAAACGAUACCAGUGGCCUCCAUAAGUUAGCAGAGAAGAUGGGUGAGCUGUUAGCAAGGAUGCACGAUGAGGAUAUUAUCCACGGGGAUCUCACAACUGCCAAUCUCCUCCUGCGGCCACCCAUGGAGAAGCUGGACUUGGUGCUGAUAGACUUUGGACUCAGUUUUAUUUCGGGUCUUCCAGAGGAUAAAGGAGUUGAUUUGUAUGUUCUGGAGAAAGCCUUCAUUAGCACUCAUCCAGAUACUGAAACGAUGUUCCAAGCUCUGCUAAAGACCUAUGCAGCCAGGUCUAAAAAAUCUGGUCCUGUGAUCAAAAAGCUGGAUGAGGUUCGGCUAAGGGGGAGGAAGAGAUCCAUGAUUGGGUAGCAGAGAGUGGGGUUAGGGAUGGAGAAAUAGUUAGGUUUUACAAAUAGGGUUAUUUAUAUUUAUAUUUGGUUUUAUUUCACAGAUCACUAUUUUGGUAACUGUGUCUUCAAAUAAAUAAACUUGAAAGAGUUUUAAGUG